AUGCAAAUGAAAACCGAUCGCAUAAGCGUCGUUUGUUACGGCGACGGUGAAUGGCGAGAAAAACGGACGAACUUGAUCAUUAGAGAUAUAAACUCGGUUGAGUGCGUUCCGUCAACACCAUCUGUUCAUCCAGAGCACUACAGCGGCGAUCAUUUGUGCAAGGAACCGAAUUUGAGAAGUGAUGACCGCAAAUCGGUUAUGACAACAUCGAAAUGCAAACCAAACAUCAGGGCUGGAUGCAAAUACUUUGUUAAAUGUAAUUCGGGAUUGAUUAUUAACAUAGUCGAAGAAGAAAGUUCAUCAUUGACCGUUGCGUGUGGUGCUGAUGGGAAAUGGCUGGAAAAAAGGACGAAAAACAAGUUCGACGAGAUCUACAGUUUGGAAUGUGUAUCGUCGCGUAUGUUCAUCUCUCACUUGCUCUUUCAUACGCACCUUUCUCAAUCGAUCAUGCAAUUCAAAUUCAAUCAGAUUUCGAAAAUGUAUUCUUGUGAGUUAUUCGACGUUAAAUGUACCAAAAUUCUCAUCGGUAGUCAAAGCUCACAGAUCCGUUUGAGUUUUGCAAAUAGUCCGUGA